AUGAACAAAAUUAUUCUCCAGCUCCUUGUACUGGGAUUCUGCAUCGCCAUCGGCCAAGCUCUGCAAUGCUACAAAUGCAAAAUAGGUGCGUGGGGCGUGUGCAUAACCACUAAAACCCAUUGUGCAGCCGGAGAGCAAUGCUUCAGUGGUGCUGGGACGGCAGUCGCCGGCGUCAUGGAUAUAAUUCAGAAGGGCUGCCUAGCGAAGGUUAAGUGCAACACGAUCACGGACAAGGGCGUUUUGAACAUCGCCAACGCCACUCUCUACACCAUAACCAAGACAUGCUGCGACACUGACCUCUGCAAUGGAGCGCCCGGUCUGCCCGGGGCCUCCGGGCUCAGCCUGGCCCUCGCCACCGUCACUGCUCUGCUCAUGGCCCAAGUCCUGGUUUGACAGAAGACACAGUGGAUACUGGAUCACACCAACCACA